AUGAUCUCGAACAACGCCGUGCCAUCUCAAAGCGACGACUUCGAGUCAAUUGAAAGCCACACUACAGCUCCAGGUGCAGGCGCUUACCUUCCUCCCUCAGAUGAUCGCCAUCGAAAGGCUGCUAUCCAGUACGGGAAGCUCGUUGCAGAGGUCCGCUCUCUACCUGGCUUCGAGAGCUUCAUGCGCUCAAAGAAGCUCUCUGCACUGCUGCCUUCAUCAAUAUGUUUCAGCGGCCCCGUCGUCUUUAUCAACGUGGACCGCGAUCGAUGCGAUGCAUUGAUCAUCCUUCCCGAAGGAACGAUCACCGCACUCAGCCUGUCCGAGCUUUCUUUGGACAAAGCAGAGGCGCUUCGCUCUCAAUGGCUAUUGUACCUCAAGCAGCAACAUGUCCGCGAGCGCAGUUUGGCAACCCAAAUUACACGCUCGUCGAGCGGCUCUCCUCCCGUCCGCAUCCUGGACCGCCUGUGGAGAUGGAUCGUGGGUCCGGUACUGAGCGCACUCGGUAUGGAUGUCAUCAACGCGGCUCGCGAGCGACUCCCGCACAUCACUUGGUGUCCGAUCGGACCGCUCACGCAACUCCCUCUGCACGCAGCGGGCAUCUAUGAGGAUGAUGCCGGGCCGCGCGUGUACAACCUUGUGGUGUCCUCGUACACGCCGUCGCUCUCCGCGCUUACGCGUAGCCUCGACGACCUUGCGAAACACAGCGCAACGCCGCAUAUCCUCGUCGUCACGCAGCCUGAUACACCCGGCUUGCCGCCACUGCCGGGCACGACAGUUGAGGGACUGCGGUUGCGCGACGUCUUCCAAUCCUCAGAAGCCCCAUCUACGGCUCUUGACGGAGAGCAUGCGACGAUUAGCGCCGUGAAACACGUACUCGGCGAGUACUCCUGGCUGCAUCUCGCCUGCCAUGGCUCGCAGGAUGUAAAUGAUCCGUUAAAAAGCGCGUUCGCAUUGUACGACGGCCCGCUUUCGCUUUCCGACCUAAUGGCGACUACGGCGGAUAACGCGGAACUUGCGUUCCUUUCCGCAUGCCAGACCGCCGUCGGUGAUGAGAAGAUCCCCGAAGAGUCGAUGCACCUCGCAGCGGGUAUGCUCGCCGUGGGGUACAAAGGCGUUGUCGCGACAAUGUGGUCCAUACGCGACGACGACGCGCCGUUGGUCGUCGAGACGUACUACAGGAAGCUGCUUGAGCUUCGUGCACUGGGGAUGCUCGAGAAGGGAGAGACGGGCGCGGCGUAUGCGCUGCAUGAGGCGACGAAGCGACUGAGGGAAGAAGUCGGGGAGUCGGACGUCGUUCGAUGGGCACCGUUCGUACAUUUCGGUAUAUAG